ACAUUUUUUUUUUUGUUAGCUAUAACAAAAUUGUUUACAAAUAAGCGUAGCCGAAAAUCGUAUUCAUCUAAAUAAAGCAAUUACAAAUUCAUAUUUGCCGGUGUGACCAUGCCAACGCAUUGCUUUUAGCAACCAGCCCUUGCGCACUGACAACAGCUGUUGCUGAGCAAUAAGAACAGAGAGAGAGCGUGAGCGACAAAAAGAGAGUUAGAGAGAAGGAGAGCCCACUCGCGUCAUUGUGUGUGGGCGUGCUUAUGUGGGUGUAUGUUGGUGCGUGCCUGUGUUGUAUGUGCAUGUGUUGUAUGCGCGCGUGUGUGUGUGUGUGUGUGUAUUUGUGAGGUAGGUGGUAGGAGGUUGGGCAAACAAAAAUCGAUUGCAACAGCCAAUCGACUACAGGAAGCGCCUCAUAAUAAGGCACGAAGCCGCGACGAGAACGUGAACGACGCACACGACGUACGCAGAGGCACUUGAAUUGACUUUGGCCUACCCUGCCCACCGUGCGCCCCCUCCUGGCAGCAGUAAAAUGAUUACAGGCUAACGCCAAAAAGAGGAAGCAGCUAAAGUCAAGGCAGAAGAAGAAGCAACAGCAGCAACAGCAGAGUCAGUUUCAGUAGCAAUAGCAGCACCAGCAGCAGCAGCAGCCAGAGACUCGAGCAAAAGGAGCAAAACUGAAAUUUAUAACAAUUUUCGGUGUAUGCAAUACUAAAUAAUUCAUUUGAAAAGUUAUUGAACGUAAAAAUUGCGCACUUGCUUUGCUCAGGAGUGUCAAAGAGCGUCUGUGUUAGUGCGUAUACGUGUACGUGGCCUGCGUGCGGGUGCGUGUGUGUGUGUGCGUGCGUGUGUGUGUGUGAGUGCGUGCGUGCGUUUGUAUGUAUGUGCGCGCGUUGAGCGCUUCAGCUGCGCUUUUUUUAUGCAAGCGAAAAUUGUGAUAGCAAGCGGCAGCGAAAAGCGCAAACGUUGCAAAAAGGCAAAAGUGGCUGAAGUGGCGCCCCCGCCGAGCAGAAGACAAGUGCGGCGAGCGAUGCAAAAAUAUGGAGCUGGAUAAAUGACGAAACGCAAUUGAAAUCUAUUUCGAGUGGAGCUGCACCAUUUUGCCUGGCGCUGUCGGUAUACAGCAUACACACAUAUAAACACGCACACACACGCACACACACACACACGCAGACAACGCUUACACGGACGCGAAGAGGCACAGAGUAGGGUCGAUAACGCACGCAAAAGGAUACACAUAAGCAUAACGGCAUAACGGGCAGCAGGGCCAAAAUAGCACCUGAGACUGCCUAUAAAUAGCUUGAAGAAGCGCCGAAACCAGCAGCGGCAGGUGUACAAUGGUAACAAUGAACUCGGAGGCGGACAAAACACAGAGUAGCACGCAAGCAACCAAUGCGCUGGCCAUGAGCAGCGCGCCCAAGACGCCAGCAGCGACAGCGACGCCAACACCUUCGCCAGAAGCAGCAUCCGAAGCGGCAACAGGGGUAACGGAUAACAGUCCAGCGUCAAUAUCUACGGUAACGCCAGCGUCAGCGCCAAAUGGCAACAACAAUGCUCCUGCAACACCAACUGCAACAUCAACGGCAGCUCCAACGGCAACGGCAACAGUAAUGGCAACUACAUCCGCAGCCGCAGCCGCAGCCUUAUCCGCAUCCGCAUCCGAAUCUCCAUGUGCACCUCUAGCUACCACUGAGGCAGAACCUGAACAGCCGGACAGUGGCAAUGCGUACAGCAGCAGCGAGGCGACCAGCACCACGAUAACAGUCAGCGUCGCGGCCACGGUUAGCAGCGGCAGCGGCAGCAGCUGCAGCAGCAGCCACAACUGCAUAACCACUGUGGCAGCUGCAACGCCGCCGCUGUCCAGCAAGACGGUGAGCAUCCGGGAUGCAACGGCGCCGAGUUGCAGCGGCACAUCUGCGCCCAAGUCAAGUGGCCUGCUCAGCGUGGGCAGCAAUCAUCAUCACCAUCAUCAUCAUUCCUCGCCGUCAUCUUCGCCGUCGCAGUCGCCGUCGCCGUCGCAGUCGCAGUCGCCAGCCCCAUCGCAGUCACAGUCGGCACAGCCGCAGCCACCGCCAGCGCCGUCCGUGCCGCAGCAGCCGCAUCAGCAUCAGCGGGGCAACAAGAACGAAGAUGCGCCCAAUAUACUGGUCUAUAAAAAGAUGGAGGCCAUCAUUGAGAAAAUGCAGGCGGAGACGGGCGGUGUGGCUGUGCGCACGGUUAAGGCGUUUAUGAGCAAGGUGCCAUCGGUAUUUACCGGAGCCGAUCUGGUUGCCUGGAUACUGAAGAACUUCGAUGUGGAGGACGUGACGGAGGCGCUGCACUUUGCCCAUUUGCUUAGCUCACAUGGCUACAUUUUUCCCAUUGAUGAUCAUGCGCUGACCGUGAAAAACGAUGGCACUUUCUACAGAUUCCAGACGCCAUAUUUCUGGCCAUCGAACUGCUGGGAGCCGGAGAACACCGACUAUGCGGUGUAUCUGUGCAAACGUACCAUGCAAAACAAGACGCGUUUGGAGUUGGCGGACUACGAGGCCGAGAACCUGGCCAAGCUGCAGAAGAUGUUCUCACGCAAAUGGGAAUUCAUAUUUAUGCAGGCCGAGUCACAGAGCAAGGUGGCUAAGAAGCGCGACAAACUGGAGCGCAAGGUACUGGAUUCGCAAGAGCGCGCCUUUUGGGAUGUGCAUCGGCCAAUGCCGGGCUGUGUCAAUACCACCGAGAUAGAUAUCAAGAAGGCGUAUCGACGCGGCGGCUCUAGUCAUGGAACCGGAUCCGCUGGCGCUUCUGUGGCUAAAAAUCCCGUCGAGCAGCUAACGCGCAUCAUUACGCUGCGCAAACAGAAGCUCGAACGGCGCACAAUCAAAGUGUCCAAGGCGGCCGAAGCUUUGGUUGCCUACUACGAUCAGUACAAUGAGUUCGAUUACUUUUUAACCUCGCCGGAGCUACCCAAUCCCUGGCAAACGGACAGCACCGAGAUGUGGGAUACCGAAAAGAAUAGCAGCAAAGAUGUUCCUGUGCGUCGGGUCAAGAGAUGGGCAUUUAGCCUGCGCGAGCUGCUUAACGAUGGUAUUGGACGCGAUCAGUUUACCAAGUUUCUGGAAAAGGAGUACAGUGGCGAGAAUCUCAAGUUCUGGGAAUCGGUGCAAGAGAUGAAGGCGUUGCCACAGUCCGAAAUCAAGGAGGCCAUACACAAGAUUUGGCAAGAGUUCCUCGCACCCGAUGCGCCCUGUCCGGUCAACGUGGACUCCAAAUCCGUGGAGUUGGCCCGCGAAGCCGUCAAUUCGCCCAAUGGUCCGAAUCGCUGGUGCUUCGAUGUGGCCGCCUCGCAUGUGUAUCAUCUGAUGAAGAGCGAUUCGUACUCGCGCUAUCUGCGCUCCGACAUGUACAAGGAUUACGUCAACUGCUCCCGCAAAAAGAUCAAGUCAAUACCCAAUCUCUUUGGCGUAAAACGUUGAGAUAUGCGUGAAUUGCCUGUCGCGGCGUUCGGCUUUGGCGCGGGCUGAGCCGACUUUUUGUGUGUUAAUUCUUGGAUGGCGGUUGGUGCCAGGACGGACGACAGUCGGAUGGAAGUUAUGUGUGUGUUAUACUGUAGUGCUCGUGUUUGGACGCAUACUUUGAUGUAUAUUAAACGUUGUUACUUAUUAUUAAAUAAUAGCCUGCCUAUUGCCACUAGGUCGCGUGUGUUCUUAACGUCGUUUUGUUAACCGUUAAAUUGAAGUGUCGCCCGUGCAACGAUACGUACUCCUAAUGCCCAGAACACAGAACCCAGAACGCAGGACCCAGGACCAUUCCUAGCCCCUUCCUUUGAUGCUUACCUUCAUCGAAUCCAAUUCGAAACUCUCGUCCUUUGUCUUAAAUCUUAUCGAAACGAAAACACCACUGAAUAAACUGCCACGUGCUUUUCGAAAUAGAAAGCAGCAGCGAAAGUUAGAUUACAAAUUAAAUAACCGUCGCGAAAGGGUGCAUCGCAGGAUGCUGCAUCCUAGAUGAAUCGAUCAAAUAAACAAGUAAACAAAUAAACAGCCAUACUACGCAAUUGUCAAAAUGUAACCAAUAACACCAAAUCGAAACAAACAAACAUACAUACAUAAAAAUAAUCACUAAGGUAAUUAGCAUAAAACAAUAAAACUAAAACUAAAACAAAAACAAAACGAAACAAAACAAAACAUAAUAUAAACAAAACCAACUACCACUGAGAACCGAGUACAUACCGAGUACUUAUACUUAUAUUUAAACUUAUACUUAUACCUAUACUUAUACUUAAACUUAUACUUGUAUUAGCAUGUUACAAAGCUAUCAGCGUUCAGCAUUUGAGAAGUCAAUCUAACUGUACAAUCGAAUCAAUCAAUUCAAGUCAUAGAACAAACACGCUACGCGUUUUUUUUUUUAUACUCGCUAGUUAUUGACUAAGUACUCGCUCUCUCUUAAGUCCCAUUGACAGACAUACAGCUCUUCUCGCAAUGCGUUCCUUUAUGUUCCCUUAUCGCCAAACGCAACAAAAACUAAAAGCUUAAAGAAAUUCUAAAAUGUUAUGUAAUCCAAAAGAAGCCAAAAAUGGCAUUUUCAUAUUUUCGAGCGCCUCUGCGUGCAUCGUGUGUUGUGUGCAUGUGUAUGUAUGUGUGUGUGCUUGUGAGAUCAGUUGCUUUUAAGAUACAAUUUUGAGUGUAGAGAGCGGCAGUUAGAGCGAGAGGCUAGACCCAAGAGGGAGAGAGAAAGAGAGAGAGAGAGAGAGAGAUAGAUGCAAUAUUAAAAAAGAUAAGGACACUUACUAAAGAGAGCUUUACAUACGCUAGAUAGACAAAUAGGGGACAAAGGGGAAUUGGUAAGCGAGACAAAAUGACGUGUAAAAAGAAAGAGAGAAGGAAAGAAAGAGAGGGCAGGUAACAAUCGGCAUAGUUACCAGAGGCUCAGCGUAUCUGAGCUACAUGCUUGAUGGUAGGGCAAACAAUCAAUGUAACGCCAUCUCAAUCGCUUAUUUCGACAGCUUCGAUCGAUGUAAACUGCGCCACGCCCACGCCUGAGCUAGAGAAAAGCGUCAACCUCUAAUCAGAUACACACAAGCACAUGCAUACAUAACAGCAUACAUGCAUAUGUAAUACUUAGAAUAGUAUAUAUAUUACAUAUGUAAUAACAUAGCGCGCCGAGCAAGUCGGAGUAGAAAUCAGAUUUAGAGCUACUUGUAGCGAAUCAAGUAUACACAGAACACAUACGUCGCGCACGCACACACACACACACACACACACACACACAAGCACACAAUCGCCUCUGUGCACCAGACUAGAAAAGAGCAGAGGCGAGAAAAUACACAAAAUGUUGCAUACUUGUAGGCGGCAAUUAUAAAUUAUAAAUCGGUAGAGAGAAAACCCAAAAUUCGUUGUGUAUGUAAUUGUAUUGUAUUUAUUGUAUGUUUGUAAUUGUAAACGGUGUCUAAUUUUAAACAAAUACAAAAGCAGCAACCAAAUAAUUAUUAAUUAUAUCAUAUUGUAUUCAAGUACAAUCUCAAUGUGCAUCUGUGUGUCGGUAGUCAAAUUUAAAUCAAUUUCAAAAAGUUACACAAAACAAAAAAGAAAACAAAAAAAAAAUGAAAAAGCGUACAUUAGAAGUAAAAACUUAAAGAGCAUAGCCGCCAAUAAAAGUCAAGUAAAACUAGAUACAAACAAUAUAAAAGUUUAAUGUUGUUGGAUUUGGCUUUUAAUUACAUGAUCUAUGUUAUUUAUGUUGUUAUUUGUGCUGAUUUGCAUUCUCAAAUGAAAAAUGUUGCUACACUAUUGACACUCUCUUUUAUUGUUUCCUUUAUUGCCCACCGUUCACUCAAAUACAAAUAAGCCGAAAAGCUAGGAAUUAUAAAGGUAAAUACGCGUAACUACUUGAACCACAUGCGCGAGAACGUUAGAAAAAACUAUACAAAAAAUAACUAAAAACAACAAAAAAAAAAACUACUAAAGCAAUUUGAAGUUUUGUAUUAAUUCGCUGUUAAUUGUAUAUUCAUUGAUUUACUUACAUUUACUUGCCCCUAUGUAAGCCCAAAGUAGUCAUAAAUGUCGGGUGAGCGCAAAUGCCAAAGCGAAUGCACAAAUAACUAACAGCAGCCAUAACAGACAAUUAAAAAAGAAAUUAAUGUACCCUCUAGAAGGGUAUAGAAAUCAGUCGUGCUAAGCAUAGCUAAAUGUAUUGCACUUAUCUAUGUAUUUGAGCAGAGCAAUCGCUGGAUCGCAGGAUCGCAGGAUAGCAGCUUCUAGUUUCUAGAAUCUAUUGCCCUUCGAUUUGGGGUGUACUCGUAUAUCGCGACUUUUUAGGCUAGCAAAAUAACGGGAAGCAGCCGCGUUUAUUGUAAAUUGUUUAACAAAACACUAAAUAAAUAAAGGCACAAUUUAAACAAAU